AUGAAAAGAGACGAGGAAAAAAAAGUAAAAUCAUCGCAUUUUUCUACCUUUUUUUUAGGAACAUUUAGCAUUGAGGUAAAUCAACUUGGUGGUGAAUUCAUAAAUGGAAGACCACUUCCGCUUCGUUUACGUUACAAAAUUAUUGAAUUAACAAAAGAUGGAUUUCGACCGUGUGAUAUUUCACGACGAUUAAAAAUUUCACAUGGUUGUAUUAGCAAAAUUUUAUCACGUUACGCUGAAUAUGGUACUGUAAUGCCAGGUACCGUAGGUGGUAGUAAACCACGUGUUACAACUCCCGUGGUAGUUGAGUAUAUACAUUUUUUGAAACUUCGUAACCCGCGAAUUUUUGCCUGGGAAAUCCGAGAGCAAUUAUUACGCGACAGAAUAUGCCAUAAGCAUAAUUUGCCAUCUGUGAGUUCCAUUUCUAGGAUUCUCAGAAAUAAACACAUCAUUUCAACGAAUGAUUCAUGCUGUCUACCAACUUGUAAGUAA